GUAAAUAGAAGCGUGUCAAGCUGGGGAGAGAAGCAGAGAGCUAGAGACUCCCAGGCACAUCCAGCAUGUCUAAGAAGGAGGAGCCCAUGGAGGAGAUCAUGGAGUCUAAAGUGAUGUGGUACCCUGAUUCCAAGAAAGUCACCCAGAUGGACCAGUUCAGAGCCAGGGUGAACACGAAUCAUGGGCUCAGUCUGGCGAACUACAAUGAACUUUACCAGUGGUCAGUGGAAUUCUAUCCAGAAUUUUGGGGAGAAUUUUGGAACUUCAGUGGCAUCGUCUUCUCUCGUAUGUACGAUGAGAUAAUUGACCGAUCCAAAGGGAUAGCUGACAUUCCAGAGUGGUUUCACGGGAGUCGCCUGAAUUAUGCAGAAAACCUUCUGAAACACAAGGACAAUGAUAAAAUUGCUCUGUACGCCAUAAGGGAAGGCAGGGAGAAUGCGGAAAAAGUGACAUUUGAAGAAUUGAGAAGAGAUGUUGCUUUGUAUGCAGCUGCCAUGAGGAAGAUGGGAGUCGAAGCUGGAGAUCGUGUUGUUGGCUACCUCCCAAACUGCAUACAGACAGUGGAAGCUAUGUUGGCUGCGGCAAGUAUUGGUGCAAUUUGGAGUGCCACAUCUCCAGAUUUUGGAGUGAAUGGAGUCCUGGACAGAUUUUCUCAGAUUCAGCCCAAGUUAAUCUUCUCGGUGGAGGCCGUAGUCUAUAACGGGAAGGAACAUUCUCAUUUGGAGAAACUGCACAGUGUAGUAAAAGGAUUACCAGAUUUGAAGAAAGUUGUUGUCAUCCCUUAUGUUCUUCCUAAAGAUAAAAUAGACAUCUCCAAGAUUCCUAACAGUGUAUUUCUGGAUGACUUCUUGGCAACUGGAAAAAUUGGAGACCAAUCUCCUCAGCUGGAAUUUGAGCAGCUGCCUUUCAACCACCCUCUUUAUAUUAUGUAUUCGUCUGGCACAACAGGUGCCCCCAAGUGUAUGGUGCAUUCUGCAGGGGGGACACUGAUAAAACAUUUAUCAGAGCAUAUUUUGCAUGGCAGUACUACCAGCAGUGAUGUCAUCAUGUAUUAUACAACGGCUGGCUGGAUGAUGUGGAACUGGCUGGUGUCAGCACUUGCCACUGGAGCCUCUGUGGUGCUGUAUGACGGCUCCCCUCUUGUACCAAGUCCAAAUGUGCUAUGGGAUCUUGUGGACAGAUUGGGGAUAACCAUUCUGGGGACUGGUGCCAAGUGGUUGGCAGUUCUAGAGGAGAAAAACCUUAAACCGCGUGAAACACACAGUCUGCAAACUCUUCAUACAUUAUUGUCAACGGGAUCGCCAUUAAAGCCCCAAAGCUAUGAUUAUGUCUAUGAACAUAUAAAGAGUACUGUUCUCCUCGGCUCCAUCUCUGGUGGCACCGAUAUUAUAGCUUGUUUCAUGGGACAAAACGUCAGCAUUCCAGUCUACAGAGGAGAAAUCCAGGCCCGGAAUCUAGCAAUGGGGAUAGAAGCAUGGAAUGAAGAAGGAAAAGCAGUGUGGGGAGAAAGCGGGGAGCUGGUUUGUAUGAUUCCAUUACCAUCUCAGCCCACGCACUUCUGGAACGAUGAAGAUGGCAGCAAAUACCAGAAAGCUUAUUUCUCCAAAUUCCCAGGUAUCUGGGCGCAUGGAGACUAUUGCAAAAUAAAUCCUAAAUCGGGAGGAAUUGUUAUGCUGGGACGCAGUGAUGGAACACUGAAUCCAAAUGGGGUACGAUUUGGGAGCUCGGAGAUCUACAAUAUAGUCGAAUCAUUUGUGGAUGUCUCAGACAGCUUGUGCGUCCCCCAGUACAAUAAAGAUGGGGAGGAAAGAGUGAUUCUCUUCAUUAAAAUGAACAACAACUACACCUUUAACAAUGAUCUGGUGAAAAGGAUAAGGGAUUCCAUCCGUGUAGCUCUGUCUGCCAGACACGUGCCAGCCCUCAUCCUCGAAACAAAAGACAUUCCGUAUACUAUUAGCGGGAAGAAGGUAGAAGUUGCUGUUAAACAAACAAUCGCCGGCAAAGAAGUAGCUCACCGUGGCGCUUUCUCUAACCCGCAAUCUCUGGAUUUGUAUCGCAAUAUUCCAGAGCUACAGAAUUACUAAGCCCUGUCCAUAAGAGACGCUGUGUGUAGUGUGCACGUGCUCGUGGCGAUAAUGUACAUGCACUGUGUGUGUAAAUGGAUCCGGCUUGGUCUUCAAUGUGGAACUCUAGUAAAAUAUAUUCUAUCAAUCUUUCUAUCUAUCACUUAAGUCAUGUUAAAGGCAUUUCAGAGGUCAUUGGCAUACUUCCUGUUCAAAUGGUAAAAAUUACAUUUAUAAAGGGGCGCUCGCGUACUGGCCGCGUGGAAUCUGCCCUCCAUUGUUUUCAAUGGGAGACUGCAGUUUACGGCCACGACUGCGCCAACAAAGUCUUGUCAUUUCUUGGCUAUAAACCGUGGCCUCAUGUACAGUAGCGUGACUUCCCAAUGAAGGCAGUGGGAGGGAGAGUCCGUGCAGCGACCUGCAGCUUUUUGGUGCUGAAUCCAAACCAAAUUCUAUCUGCAAAAGGUGCCAUGUGAACGUCCCCUUAGGUAAUUCAACAAUGUGGUUAAAGAACACAUAAAGGACUAUAUGCUGCUGUGUGACACCUAGCUUUUUAUGGCAGUGGUAAUAAUAAAUUAAUUACCUCUUGGAUAUUAAAGUUUAGCUUUUACAUCUUAUAAUGUCACAACUUUUUAGUGCUCAAGAAAAUCCUAUCUCGGAUCAUUUAAGAAGAUCGGCCAUCUCCUACUAUAAUUAUACAUAGUUUAUAUUGUAAAGCAUGCCACCGAUCUGCUGUUUCGGACAGCCCCUGCCGCUGGGAACUUUACAGUGUACAGAGCUGGAAGCAGGAGCCUCCAUACACUGUGUAGAGGGUGUGCCAGGGUACCGCAGCUCAGCUGCCAUCCAAGUGACGGGGAGUUGAGCUCCAGCAUGCCAGCGCUGGAAACUGCACAGUGGAUGGAGCCUUCUGCUUCAUGCUCUGUAGACUGCAUGGUUUCCAGCGCUUUUGGCUGCCCGAAUCAACUGUUCGGUGGUUGUGCACGGUGUCUGACCCCCAGCGAUCUGAUAUUGAUGACCUGGGGAUAGGUCUUCAAUGUCUAAGUUCUGGAAAACUCCUUUUAGGGAUUGUUUUGUAAUUAAGCUGUAAGACAGAGUAAAUCUGAUCUGUCUGAUGAAUGCCCUGCUGUCCUGGUAGGGUUGCUCUCACAUUUCACCUUAUAUUGAUGUAGACCUCUAUAGCAGAUUACAUUUAUGACCAUAAACAGUAUUUCUUUUGUUGCCACUAUUAAAUAGUCUGCAUAUUUCAAGGAAUCUAUUCCUGUAUCACAGGAACCUCUACAGUACAUUCCCUUUUGUAUAAUAUGUCAGCUGCCAGGUGGCCUAGCUGUUUCCUUUCUAAAUGGAGAAGAGGGACUGCACUCCUUGGUGCCGCACUAUAUGGUUCAAUUCCGUCUUGUUUAUACCUUUAAAUAUCUGGUUACCAACCUGAGGAAGUGCAAUGCUUUGGUUGUAUGUUUUUAUUUUUUUGUUUUUACCAAAGAGCUUGCAUGUCCUCUGGUUACUGAUGUGCUUGCUUUACUGUGAGAAUUGUUUACAGGUUUUAUAUAACUGAACCUCUAUAAUGUGGGUAAUACAGGAUGAAUCUUCCUAUGCCAAACACAAGUGCACUACCCCUGCAUCCUGCCACUUAUUGGUCAGUCCUGCCGAUCGGCUAGCCGCUUCAAGGCAUUUGUUACAGUUUGCAGUUGCACUCUUUAUUGUCUAGCUUCACACCACUUUAUUUGCAUCC